AUGAAGAGGCUCUUUGUGGCUGUUGCGACGCUUUGGUCGACGACUAAUGGAAUCCACCAGGCGAGAAAGAAUCGCCAAUCCGUACGAGCAGGUGGUUUGGAUAUCGAUGAGGAGCUUCGUGAGGUCGCACAGAAGGCUGAAGAGACUGUUCAAGCAGUAGAAGCCGAAGCGGAGAAACCGACCGGGACAAUCAGGAGGAGAGGGCCGUUUUGGGCAACCUUUUCUGGGCUUUUGAGGGAGAAGGCAUCGAUGCCCUACAGCCAAUUCGAAAACAAAUGUGUGGAACACCUUCAGGAGGUGAGCACCUCCUUGGCUGAUGCAUAUGGUGAAGCUCAGGUCAAACAUCUCCUCAGAAGUGAAUGUCGUCUUGAGGGCGAGUUUCCCCAAAGCGUCAACUCUGGCUUUAACGAAGUCGAGGAAUGCAUGAAAUUUGCAGACAAGCUUGCUGCUGUGCAGAAGGACCAAGGGUUUAGUGCACUCUGCAAGCAGUUCUAUCAGCAGGCAGCCAUGUCAUCUCAGCAGAGAGUCUCCCAAAGCGAUUCCAAAGCGGGCACAGCUGGUGACACCCACCAAGCGAAUGAGACAUUGUGGUGGUCUAAUCUGUGGAAUCUUUGGCGUGGCUUCGCUGACAAGAUGUACCGUGCACCAGAUGUGGGUGCGCAAGUUGGAGUUAGCCGCCAAGAUUCGAAGCGAUUUGGCCAACACAGUGAUGCAGGUGGAAGUGCAGUCAGUGGCAGCAGGGAUGCGGAAACCACAGAGGAUAGCCUGACAAAUCCGAGAAGCGAAACAAGCAGCGCAAAGUCCGUUGCGGAAAGCACAGACGAUGCAGCAAAUGCAGCUUACGAGGAGUCACUGCAGGCAGGCAAGAACCCAGAUGAAGCUGCAGAAGCGGCUGCUGCUGCUGCAGGUAAGGCUGCAGCACGGGCGGCAAAAGCCGAAGGCAAAAGCCCUGAGGAAAUUGAAAGAGUGGCAGCUGAAGCAGCACGGAAAGCUGCUUUGGCAAACGGACUAAGUGACGAGGAGGCAGCCGCAGCAGGCGCAAGUGCUCAGCGCACAGCAGGCAGUGCAGCGAGCUUGAAAACUUCGUCUAGUGGCUCUAGAGGCUCCGCCUCGAUCGAUUCUCACGGAUCCACUACAUCCUCUGAUUCAAAGGGCUCAGGCGCAUUGGGAAGGGCAGGUGCAGAAUCUCCUGAUCGCACUGGCCACUCUGGACUGACAAGCUGGUUCAAUUGGCUGUGGAGCUGGGCGUGGCCGGUCCGGUCAGAUCAGAUGGACAAAUCCUACUCGGGAGCACCUGCAAAGUCCACCAGCACUUCCCGAAAAGAGGAUUCUUUGGGCCUUCAAGAAGCAGACCUGGACCGCUUGGAUGCAAUUCUGGAUGGAGCAAGGGAUGGCGGGAACAUCAGUGGGAGUGCAGCCGAAGAACAAUACAUUUCGGUUUGCACGAAGCAUUUGAAGAAGGUAGGGCGCACCAUUGAUUCUUCAUACUCUGACAUUGAGGCAGAACAGGUGCUGAAAUCCCAGUGCAUGCUUGAUAAGGAGUUUGCAUCGUCAAGACAAGAAUCCUUCAUGAAGGAGAAGGAGUGUAAUUUGUUUGCCAAGCUCUUCCUGAAAGCACGCUAUCAGGACUUGGUGGGCAGUGCCGCCUCCUACAAGAAACUUUGCAAGUGGUACUUCACCUACAUACAAAGACCAGGUACUUAG